CGCUCUGCCGCCGUAAUGCGCUGGCCUCUCUUCGGGCUCGCCGCGCGCGCUGCCCAGACCCGAAGGCGAGGGGAGUCCCGAGAGGAAGAGGCCAUGGCGGCCAAGAAUUCCCUCCACCCCCUUUUCCUUUGCAAGAUGUCAGAGAAGGAGAAUGCCCAUCUAGGAUCUUACAGCACAGCAUUGCCUCAAUCCAGCCUGAAUGCUCUGCCCCUAAGGAUAUUCCGGAAAGAUCUAGCCACUCCAUCUUCAACCCUCCUCAUGAAUCGUUCUAGACCUGUUCUAGAGUCUUCAAGCAAUCAGCCAGCAGCUGUGCCUGGCAGGAUAGGGGUUGAUGGCAGCAAUGUGAAAUUGAAUCUCCAGGUGCGUCAUUUCAAAAUUGAUGACUUUGAAAUUGGGCGGCCACUGGGUAAGGGCAAGUUUGGAAAUGUGUACCUGGCUCGGGAAAAGAACAGUCAGUUCAUUGUGGCACUGAAGGUUCUCUUCAAGUCUCAGAUGGAGAAGGAAGGUGUUGAACACCAGCUUCGAAGAGAGAUUGAGAUCCAGUCUCAUCUUAGGCAUCCCAACAUACUUCGCCUCUACAAUUAUUUCCAUGACCGGCGAAGGGUUUAUCUGAUUCUGGAAUAUGCACCUCGAGGCGAAUUAUACAAGGAGCUGCAGAAGAGCCAUACAUUUGACCAGCAGCGCACAGCCACGAUCAUGGAGGAGCUGGCAGAUGCCUUGAUCUACUGCCAUAGGAAGAAAGUGAUUCACAGAGACAUUAAGCCUGAGAAUCUACUCAUGGGACUUCGAGGGGAGCUCAAGAUUGCUGACUUCGGCUGGUCUGUCCAUGCCCCCUCCCUUAGGAGGAAGACAAUGUGUGGGACUUUAGACUAUCUUCCCCCUGAAAUGAUUGAAGGACGUACACAUGAUGAAAAGGUGGAUCUUUGGUGCAUUGGAGUAUUAUGCUAUGAGCUACUAGUGGGAAAUCCUCCCUUUGAAAGUUCCUCUCACAGUGAGACCUAUAGACGGAUCACCAAGGUGGACCUGAAAUUCCCUUCAUCUGUUUCUUCUGGAGCCCAGGACCUGAUCUCUAAACUGCUGAGGCAUAAUCCCUUAGAACGACUUCCCCUCACUCAGGUCUUGGAACACCCCUGGGUACAGGCCCAUUCCCGGAGAGUGCUUCCUCCUUGUUCCCCCCAUCCUGCCCACUGAAUCCUGUCUUAUGUAUAUUUAGAUUUUUGUGUAUUUUGUAUGUUGAAGGAAGAUGAAGUGGGACAGGGUAGAUCUCUGGCUUUCUCUUUUAUCAUUAUUUCCACUAAACUCAGACUAUUUAAUAAAGGCUUAAAUUUUUUUUGUA